AUGGAUGCUGCCAAAAGAUCACAACUAGGAUUAAAUGGUCUCAGUCCUGUUCGUGUGGAAACCUUGGAUAUUCAAAAGAAACGCGCUUUACAUCAACUUCGUUCAAAACAUACUUUACUUGAAAAAUAUAUCUUUAUGGCACAAAUGAGAACUACCAAUACUCAUUUAUUUUAUAAGAUAGUGAUUGAAGAGUUAGAGGAAUUGGCGCCUGUGAUUUAUACUCCUACAGUGGGUACAGCUUGUUUAGAGUACUCCAAUAUCUAUCCUUUCCUUGCUGGUCCUGGUGUAUCGGAUGGAUUGUACUUGACAGAUAACACAUCUUCUGAUUUGAUCACCAUGAUUCAACAAUAUCAACCUUUUCCAAAUGAAACCUUCCAACCUGAAAUUGCCGUCAUUUCUGAUGGUUCACGUAUUCUUGGCUUGGGUGACCUUGGUGUCAAUGGCAUUGGAAUCCCUAUCGGUAAACUUCAACUAUACGUGGCUGGUGCAGGGAUCGAUCCUCGAAAAACAUUGCCCAUUAUCUUGGAUCUAGGUACAAACAACACUAAAUUUUUGGAGGAUGAGUUUUAUCUUGGUCUACGUCAACAUCGACCCAAUGAUCAACAGUUUUAUGAAAUAGUGGACAAAGUGAUUCAAUCCAUUCAUAGUGUCUAUCCCAAUAUCUUGAUUCAAUUUGAAGAUUGGUCUAGUGAACAUGCAUUCGGCCUUUUGGAAAAAUAUCAAAAGAAGAUGCUCUGUUUCAAUGAUGAUAUCCAAGGUACUGGUGCAGUGAUUCUUUCCGGUGUCAUCAACGCCAUUCGAAAAGUACAAAAAGAAUCAGGUGUUGCUCCUCAGGAUCAUCGUGUUGUAUUUUAUGGUGCUGGAUCGGCUGCCAUUGGAGUGGCCAAUCAAAUUCAACAUUAUUUCCAAAUAGAACAUGGAUUGACUGAAGAACAAGCUAAAAACAUCUUUUGGAUUGUUGAUAGUAAGGGUCUAAUCACUUUGGAUCGUGGUGAUACAUUGGCACAACAUAAGAUUUAUUAUGCUCGGGAUGAUAAUCAUGGUCAACAAUACAAAGCAUUAUUGGAUAUUGUCAAUUAUGUCAAACCCACCAUCUUGAUCGGUCUCUCCUCCAUCCCUGGGGCAUUUUCCUCUCAAGUGCUUACACGUAUAGCCGAACUCAACGAACAACCCAUUGUGUUCCCUUUAUCGAAUCCUGCCACUCAAGCUGAAUGUACUUUUGAACAAGCCAUGCAGGCCACACAGCAUCGUGUCAUCUUUGCCUCAGGUACCGCUUUCCCUACCUAUGUUGAACCCAAUGGUAAAAAGCAUGUCCCUGGUCAAGGCAACAAUAUGUACAUCUUCCCUGGUUUGGGUUUGGGGGCUGUACUAGCCAAACCAUCCUAUAUUAGCGAUCGCAUGAUCUUUGCUGCUUCCAAAGCCCUCGCUGAUUCAUUAACCCCUGAUGAAAUCAACGCUGGUUAUCUUUACCCAUCUCUUCCUCGUAUCCGCCAGGUCUCUGCCAUUGUUGCUACCGCUGUAUGUCAAGAAGCCAUCGAUGAAAAACUCGCUCAAUCUCCUGAUCUCUUGGCUCAUACCGCUUCUCUCUUGGAUUACGUCGUCAGUCAUAUGUGGGCCCCUCAAUCCUUACAUGCUCCUCAACCCAAAUCUGCUGCCUCUUCCACGAGUAGAAUAUAG